ACCAAUAAUUAACAACUAAUACGCAGGCAUGGACUUCAUCCAGCAAAUCGUCCAUGGUUGAGACCAAAAAACAGGAAAACGGAAAAGAAGUGUAUGUGUCUGAUUCUGAACUGAUACAAGAUGUGUAGCGGCGAUACGAAACGGUGUGCAGAAUGGAGAUAAAUUAGAUUAUUGGAUUGGCGGUGACAGAUUAUAGCCCGUCUGUUUCUUCGAUGCUGCAUGCAAAAACUACAAGUUAUCUGCAUGUAGAAAGUUAACCAAGCGGCGACCAUGCUGAGCGGGCUCCUAGACGGGCUCUUGUGCUGCCUCACCGGCCGCUCCGCCAACGUGGUGUGCCCCCUGGAGACCUCGGAGCUGGCCGACGGCUACGAGUUCGUGGAGGUGAAGCCGGGCCGCGUGCUGCGCGUCCGCCACGUGGUCCCGGAGCGCCCCCUGGUGGAGGAGCCGCGGGGGCCCGGGGCCACCGUCAGCUGCAAGCGCCGCAUCACGCUGUACCGCAACGGGCAGAUGCUGAUCGAGAACCUGGGCGAGCGGGCGGGCCGGGCGGAGCUCAGCAACGGGCAGGUGGCGGGAGGCGGAGGAGGAGGAGGAGGAGGGGGGGGGGAGGCGGAGCCUAACGCGGGCGUGGCCCUGGAUGUGACGGACCCCGUGCCCGAUGGGGCCCCCGGGGUCGCUGGGCGCCAGGCGGAGGAAGGGGACGUAGGAGGAGACGCAGGAGGAGGAGAGGCUGGGGAGUCAAAGGACCCCAAACAGCAGCAGAAGAACCAGCAGCAGCAACAACAGGCCCCUCAGGAGCAGCCACAGGGCCCCCCGCAACCGCAGGACCCGCAGCAGCAGCAGCAGCAACAACAACAGGACCCUCGCUUCCGCAAGCGCAAGCCCAAGCGCACGGUGGUGGUGGACUGCGAGCGGAAGAUCACGGCGUGCAAGGGCACGCACGCCGACGUGGCGCUCUUCUUCCUGCACGGCGUGGGGGGCUCGCUGGACAUCUGGGGCAGCCAGCUGGACUUCUUCUCCCAGCUGGGCUACGAGGUCAUCGCCCCUGACCUGGCGGGCCACGGGGCAAGCUCCGCCCCCCAGAUCGCCGCCGCCUACACCUUCUACGCCCUGGCCGAGGACAUGCGCGUGCUGUUCAAGAGAUACGCCCGCAAGAGGAACGUGCUGAUCGGCCACUCGUACGGGGUCUCCUUCUGCACCUUCCUGGCCCACGAGUACCCGGAGCAGGUCCACAAGGUGGUGAUGAUCAACGGAGGGGGGCCCACGGCGCUGGAGCCCAGCCUCUGCUCCAUCUUCAACCUGCCCACCUGCGUGCUCCACUGCCUGUCCCCCAUCCUGGCCUGGAGCUUCCUCAAGGCGGGCUUCGCCCAGCAGGGCUCCAGGGAGCGGCAGCUGCUGAAGGAGAACAACGCCUUCAACGUGUCGUCCUUCGUGCUGCGGGCCACCAUGAGCGGGCAGUACUGGCCCGAGGGCGACGAGGCCUACCACGCAGAGCUGGUCGUGCCCGUGCUGCUGGUGCACGGCAUGUGUGACAAGUUCGUUCCCGUGGAGGAGGACCAGCGCAUGGCCGAGAUCCUCCUGCUGGCCUUCCUCAAGGUGCUGGACAACGGCAGCCACAUGAUCAUGAUGGAGUGCCCCGAGGCGGUCAACACCCUGCUCCACGAGUUCCUCCUCUGGGAGCCCGACACCUCCAGCCAGCGGGAGCCCAAAGCCCGCCCGGCCACCGCCAAGGCGGCGCCCUGCGGAGGCCGGGCGCCCGAGCCCCCCGAGGUCCGACCGGGCACCGCCAGGCUGGCCUCCGCCAACGGGAACACCACGCGGGACCCCCGAUAGAGCGAGGAACGGCGACGCGCCACGGUCCUCAUCGCGCCGUUAAGACGCGAACCGACGGCCGGGGGGAACCCAGCGGUGGUCGGGGGCCUCGAGGGCUCCCCGGGGUGAAUCGAGGACUCCUCGCGGUGUUAAAGGGUGUACCCGCGGCGGGACGCGAACACGUCGGAGGCAGACGGAGCCGCUGUGUCCGGUGUGAGGGUGAU